AGUGUUGGAAUUACAGGCGUGAGCCACCAUGCCCGGCCUGAUGAUUUCUUUUAUAACAUUUUGUUUCGUGGCUGCAGUAUCUUACCUCUUCGAUGGUAUAGCUUGAUGUUAGUUUUUUUUUUUAAGUUUUUUCUCCAUGCCUCCCCACCAUUUCCUUAGCAACCCCCGCUUCUCACACCUCCCAUCUGUUUUGGUCUCCGUAGUCCCUGUUAGAUCCUUUCCCCAAGCAUCUGGUAGUCCAGUCUGCUAACACUUAGCAAAGAUGGAAAAUCUAACAGCUCUGUGCUCAUGGGGGUGGGGCUUAUCAGCUGGAGCCUCAUGUAAAGGAACCUGGGGAGGCAUUUGUUGGGGGCACAGCCCUCCCCUAGUUCUUGUUCCGUUGGGGUUAGAGAGUUCCCUUGCUGGAAGAUGCGGAGCCUUUGAGGAUGCAGGGCGUAUCUUGGGCGGUUCUUCAGUUGGCCCGCUGCCAGGCGAGGAUUUGAUUUUCUUGGAUCUGCUGAGUGACUGCUUUUUCAUCUGCUUCUUGGUUUCCAAGAUCGUGUUACUGUUGGCUCCUUGUUGUGCCUCCUGUUAUAGUGGGGGUUUUGUUUUGGGAAGGGGGUCUUUUAAAUUCAUGGGGAAUGAACAAAUUAAAUGGGCUUGUUUAAUCUGGUAUCUUAAUCUGGAACUCCUCCAAACACUUUCUGAACUCCCCAGCCCACAGAGCUCCUUUGCAAGCCACGAGGGCUAUAGAUCUCAGCCCCAAAGUGUUGCCUGUUUUCAUCAUCAACUUCAUUCACAGACAUAGUUCUAAAUGACUUUCAGCUGUUUCUAGAAAUUAGCCACAUCUUCCUAAGUGAAGAUUUACCACGUUUAAGGUUCCAUGAAAGAAUGUACCCUGAAUUGUUGCCCAGCCCCUGGCUGAGAAGUAACGGGCUCCUGUGACAUUUGAUGACAUCACUGUGUACUUACUCCAGGAGGAAUGGGUGCUGCUGAGCCAGCAGCAGAAGGAGCUCUGUGGUUCCGACAAGCUGGUGCCACCGUUGGGACCAACUGUUGCCAACCCUGAGUUGUUCUGUAAGUUCGGGCGAGGGCCAGAGCCAUGGCUUGGCAGUGUCCAGGACCAGAGGAAUCUUCUGGAGCAUCACCCAGGAAAAAAACAGAUGGGCUACACAGAAGAAAUGGAUGUGCAAGGUCCCACCAAGGAGAGUGGACAGUGCCUGCCACCUCAGAAGAAAGCCUGCCUUUCCCACCUCAGUUUGGGGAGUGGACACAUCGAGGGAGACUGGGCAGGAAGAAGCAGGAAACUCCUGAAGCCCCGGUCCAUACAGAAGUCAUGGUUUGUGCAGUUUCCAUGGCUGAUUGCGAAUGAGGAGCAGACGGCUCUGUUCUGCUCUGCUUGCCGAGAAUACCCCUCCAUCAGGGACAAGCGGUCAAGACUGAUAGAAGGUUAUACAGGACCAUUCAAGGUGGAGACUCUCAAGUACCACGCCAAGAGCAAGGCCCAUGUGUUCUGCGUCAAUGCCUUGGCAGCAAGGGACCCUGUCUGGGCAGCCCGGUUCCGGAGCAUCAGAGACCCACCUGGAGAUGUCCUGGCCAGCCCGGAGCAGCUCUUCACCACGGAUUACCCCAUAUUCUACCCACCAGGGCCUCUGGGAGGCUUUGAUAGCAUGGCUGAGCUCCUGCCAAGCUCAAGAGCUGAACUAGAGGACCCUGGGGGAAGUGGAGCAAUUCCUGCAAUGUAUCUAGACUGCAUUUCAGAUUUGAGGCGAAAAGAAACCACUGAUGGCAUCCACAGCUCCUCAGACAUUAGUAUUUUAUGUAAUGAUGCAGUGGAAUCCUGCAUUCAGGACCCUUCUGCAGAGCGGCUGUCGGAGGAGGUUCCUGUGGUGUUUGCGGAGCUGCCAGUAGUGUUCGAGGAUGUGGCGGUGUAUUUCACCCGGGAGGAGUGGGGCAUGCUAGACAAGCGGCAGAAGGAGCUGUACAGGGACGUGAUGCGGAUGAACUACGAGCUGUUGGCAUCCCUGGGACCUGCUGCUGCCAAGCCGGACUUGAUCUCCAAACUGGAGCGGAGGGCUGCACCCUGGAUCAAGGACCCAAAUGGGCCAAAGUGGGGGAAAGGUCGUCCUCCAGGGAACAAGAAGAUGGUGGCAGUGAGAGAGGUGGACACACAGGUCUUGGCUGCGGACUCCGUGCUGCUUCCAGCCUCUCCCGUGGAGGCCCAUGCCGCCUGCUGCAGUGCCAGCUUUUGUGAAGGAGAAGGAGAUGGACCUAGGAGAAUCAAGAGGACGUACAGGCCCCGUUCCAUUCAGAGGUCAUGGUUUGGGCAGUUCCCAUGGUUGGUAGUUGACCCCAAAGAGACCAAGCUCUUCUGCUCAGCCUGCAAAGAAAGACCUAAUCUCCACGACAAAUCAUCUCGGUUAGUCAGAGGUUACACGGGGCCUUUUAAAGUGGAGACUUUAAAAUACCAUGAAGUCAGCAAAGCGCACAGGCUCUGUGUCAACACGGUUGAAAUCAAGGAAGAUGCCCCUCAGACUGCCCUCAUUCCGGAGAUCUCCAGUGACCUCAUGGCCAACAUGGAGCACUUUUUCAAUGCCGCCUACUCCAUCGCAUACCACUCAAGGCCCCUGAAUGACUUUGAGAAGAUCCUAAAGCUCCUCCAGAGCACUGGGACCAUGAUACUGGGCAAGUACCGCAAUCGCACAGCAUGCACUCAGUUCAUCAAGUACAUCUCCGAGACGCUGAAGAGGGAGAUCCUGGAGGACGUGCGCAAGUCUCCCUGCGUGAGUGUGCUGCUGGACAGCUCCACUGACGCCUCCGAGCAGGCCUGUGUGGGGAUUUAUAUCCGCUACUUUAAGCAGAUGGAGGUGAAGGAGUCCUAUAUCACUCUGGCCCCUCUCUACAGUGAGACAGCAGAUGGGUACUUCGAGACCAUCGUUUCUGCCCUGGAUGAGCUGGACAUCCCCUUCCGGAAGCCUGGCUGGGUGGUGGGGCUGGGGACUGACGGCUCAGCCAUGUUGAGCUGCAGAGGAGGCCUUGUGGAGAAGUUCCAGGAGAUCAUCCCGCAGCUGCUGCCUAUCCACUGCGUGGCCCACCAGCUGCACCUGGCCGUGGUGGACGCCUGUGGGAGCAUCGACCUGGUGAGGAAGUGCGACCGGCACAUCCGCACCAUCUUCAAGUUUUAUCAGUCCUCAAACAAGAGGCUGAACGAGCUGCAGGAAGGUGCAGCAGCUCUGGAGCAGGAGAUCCUCCGCCUGAAGGACCUGAACGCCGUGCGGUGGGUGGCCAGCAGGAGGCGCACACUGCACGCCCUGCUCGCGAGCUGGCCCGCACUAGCCAGGCACCUCCAGAGCGUGGCGGAGGCUGGGGGCCAGAUUGGGCACCGGGCCAAGGGGAUGCUGAAGCUCAUGCGUGGUUUCUACUUCGUCAAGUUCUGCCACUUCCUGUUGGACUUCCUGAGCAUCUACAGGCCUCUGUCUGAGGUGUGCCAGAGGGAGAUCGUGCUGAUUACAGAGGUGAACGCCACGCUGGGCCGGGCCUACGUGGCCCUGGAGAGCCUCCGUCACCAGGCGGGGCCCAAAGAGGAAGAAUUCAACACCAGCUUCAAGGACGGGCGGCUCCACGGCAUCUGCUUGGACAGACCGGAGGUAGCGGAACAGCGGUUCCAGGUAGACAGGGAGAGAAUGGUCCUGACGGGAAUAGAGUACCUCCAGCAGAGGUUCAGUGCAGAUCGACCGCCACAGCUCAAGAACAUGGAGGUGUUUGACACCAUGGCCUGGCCGAACGGGAUCGAACUUGCCAGUUUUGGGAAUGAUGACAUUCUCACCCUGGCCAGGUAUUUUGAGCACUCCCUCCCAGCAGGAUACAGUGAGGAGGCUCUGCUGGAGGAGUGGCUGGGCCUGAAAGCCAUCACCCAGCACCUCCCGUUCUCCAUGCUCUGCAAAAACGCCCUGACCCAGCACUACCGUUUCCCCCUGCUGAGCAAGCUCAUGGCCGUGGUGGUCUGUGUGCCCGUCUCUACCUCCUGCUGUGAGCGGGGGUUCAAGGCCAUGAACCGGAUCAGGACUGAUGAGAGGACCAAGCUCUCCAGCGAGGUGCUCAACAUGCUCAUGAUGACGGCUGUGAACGGCGUGGCCGUCACAGAGUACGACCCCCAGCCCGCCAUCCAGCACUGGUACCUGACCUCCUCAGGCCGGCGUUUCAGCCACGUCUAUGCCUGCACCCAGGUGCCAGCCCACUCCCCUGCAGGCGCCAGGCUCAGGAAGGGGCAGAUGGGAGCCCUAUAUGCGGAGGGAUCCGGGACCCAGAAGCCACCCACCCUGCCUUCCAGGGAAGCAGUGGAGGUACUGAAGGACUGCAUCAUGGCGCCUCCCGAGAGCCUGCUGUACCCCCACAGCAGCCAGGAGGCCCCCAGCAUGUCCUGAGGGACAGGGAGUCCUUGAUCACGGGGACGCUUCUGCAGGACCUAGACUGCUCUCGGCUCUCCCACUGGCAGGGAUGCUCUCUGAGCAGCAGGAAGUGGGCAGUGGCGUCUGGAGCGGCGGGGGCAUUAGGAGGUGCAUGACCUGUUUCCUGAGACCCCGCUCAGCACAGCCAUGCCUCACGCAAGUGUGCCAGAAGGUUCUUACCGCAAGUUUGUUUUUAAGGUGCUCCAGAAAAUAAUCCCAUCAUGAAAGGUUUCAACCCCUGUUGUGGUGGCAAGAGGACUGUUGUGGUGCGGAGACUGUUGGACAUCCCUGGGGAAUGUUCCAGGGAGGCUGCCCACAGCCUAAGUGGGAGGAGGGAAAGGCCAGUUUGUUAGAGGUGGAGGCUGACCCACUGCUCUAGGGACAGCUGGCCUGGCCCCAGAGGCUUAGCUCUGCGACUUCCCACCCUGGCUCCUGCAGCAGAAGCAGUGAGGCCUCGAUCUGGCAGGGAACUCUACCUCUUCCCAGGGCUUCCUUUAGGAUGAAAAAAAUCACAAGCCCUUUGCACACAACACCCAAGAAAGGUUCUCUUCCUGCAGCUCCAGAUGGUGGAGCUGGGGCUCUCCUGGCAGGGGGCCUGGCGCUUCCCGUAUUGCCAAGCCCCGUCUGACCCGAAGCAUGCCUGGCCGGGUUUCCUCACCAGAGGAUGGGUCCAAGCUGGAGUUGGGAGGCUUGGGAUGCAGCCCCAGCUCUGCUGCAGGCAGUGGUCUGAUUAAUCCCUUCCGCUUUUCUGUGCCUGAGUUUCCCUCCCCAUGAAUUGGCAGCAGAGAAUCCAAGUGCCUGCUGACUCCCCAUCUGCCCUAGGAUUAGUGAGUGAGAGCCUCAAGCUCUCUGAAAGACCUCUGGCUGCAGUGUGGACUUAGCUGCCUUCUGCCCUGGCCUCGUCCUUAGUGGGACAGGUAGGAAUUUGUCUCCAAAGCCCUUGCAGGAGUUGCUCUCUGAAUGCACCAUCUGCACAA